GGGCAAAGAUGACUUGGACGAUGCUCUGGACAUUUUGGAAGACGGCCACUUUGAGGAGGCUGAGCUGUUGGCUGGAGAGGUUCAGCGGCAGGCAGCAAAGGAAGGGAAGGCAGAGAGAGAAGCGGAUGCUCUCCGGGUGGUCACCAAGGCACGGAUCAAAGCAGCAGAGGAAAAGGGCUUCGAUGGAUUGCCAGACAUCGAGGUCCUCGAACAGGCGCUGCAGGCUGCAAACAGCGAAAUCUUCACUUUUGAAAAGCACGGCGAAAUCGUCGCGAAGGCCAUCAUGCAGCUGGCUUCGGCAGAGAUCUAUUUGGCAAUG